CGCGACUUUAAUCGAAGCUCCCGCCGUCUCCGGAUCCGUGGCCAACUCUGUUGCCAGCACGCCGGCGAGCCGGUCAGAAGAAAGCGCAGACCAGGCGACUCUCGUAUCCCCUCGCUCGGCGCCAAGCUGCGGCGCCCCCCCAGACAAUACGAGCGGACGGGCCGGCGUGCGAGCAGCAUGACGUCUGAACCUGUGCGACUGGACACCUGAUGGCCGACCUUCCAGAAGGCUACGAAGAUAUAUAAACUGCGCGACUGCGCGCCGUUGAAGUCGACAUCCACCACAUCACACUUCUACUACUACUACCACCACCACCACCACCACCACCCUCACCACCAACCACCAUCAAAAUGAAGACCGCCACCGUUUUCGCCUCCGCCCUCGCCGCCGCCGGCACUUCGCUCGCCGCCCCGGCCGUCGCGGACCCCCGCUUCCCCGACUCCGGCCCCUUCAUCGGCAUGUCGAUUGCCGUCGAGACGCCCGAGAUCAACUACGCCGAGGUCAAGGCCCAGGGCGGCUUCUUCUACCUGAACAAGGCCACCGACUCGUCGUGCGGCGACAUCCCCGUCGAGCUCAACGGCGGCAGCGGCUCCCUCAGCACCUACUCUGAGAACCUGGGCGAGGCCCAGCAGCUCUACGUCGACAUCUCCGGCGCGGCCGACGGCGCCCUCCGCUACCUCGAGAAGGGCGGCAGCCUGCCCGGCAACGGCGGCGACUACAUCCACGACAAGUUCUCGCGCGUCAGCGGCGCCGACAUCACCGAGCUGUACUACGACGGCGGCAGGUGGCUCGCCUGCCCCGUCUACCCGGACGCCAAGCCCUUCUCCAAGGAGGCCGACGUCUACCAGAUCUGGGCCGAGAAGGCCAAGUCCAAGAAGAACGACAGCUGCCACGAGUUCUCCAUCCGCACCGACAAGGUCGAUGCCCCCAAGGUCUGCACCUACAACUAAGCGGCUCGUCUCGAGACUUCGCUGCUUGCUGCUACCUGUCUACCUACCUACCCGAUGAUUAUACCGCUAUGACUGCUGUUGCUGCUACUGUCUCGGCUGUCGUUUAAUGUAUAUAACUACCUGUACCCUGUAAUAGAAGUUGGAAAUAUUUGGUGGUCAAUUACCUCCCUCUAUAAUCCUGCCAGUGACAUGUGACAACCCGACUUCCAACUUUAUCCGCCCCUCACCUCCCUAGCAACGGCAUUGCACAGCUCGACCCUGACUCCCGCCCCCGUCAACACAUGAAUCCACAGCCUCUGCGUAUCGCUCAAGCGAUCAUUCUCGCUCUUGACCUCCGCAAACAUGACCUCCCCCCUCCCCUCAUGCCACAGAAACAAAUCCGGC